GACGCUUCGCAGUCUUGUUGACACAGGACAACGUUCAGACACUCGGACUACAAACAGGUCGCCUGUUUCAGCAACAAUACCAAACAUAAGGGUUCCUCAGAACUGUUUUCAGAGUCUUCACCUCCUGGUCUAUGAUCCAGAUGGAGAUGAUGUGAGAUGCAAGUGCCAAUCUUGCCAUCAACACCCAAACAUACAUCUUGAUGAGGACUCGUGCACUUUGAGUAGUAAUGGCACACUGGACCUGAGACUGCAUGUUUUUGAGUUCACGCUGGAGGAUUAUCCUGCAUCAAACAUCACUUUGAUGAAUGGCGAUGGGAUCUCUUUCAGAAAUCCUUAUAAUCAGACUGCCAGCGCUAACCCAGCUCCACUCAGUCAAGUGCCUCUGCAGUUUGGAGUAGAAAUCCAAACACCAGUCCACAGUUGUGAACCAGGGGUGAACAGGCCAAGUUUUCUGACACCAACUCCCUUACAUGGAGAUGUUCAACAUGCAGCUGUGGGACGUGUUCACACUAUCACUAUCCGUGCCCAGAAUUUGGGCCACAGUACAUUUGAUUUCCAGGUCAGUGGACCAUGGAAUAUAUCAAAGAGCUUGAGAAAUGCAAGUCAGGGAAUUGCCGAGGCAACGCUGACCUGGACACCACAAGAAUCUGACCUGCAUCAUCAUGUACCUGUGUGUUUCGCUGCAGAGACACUUCAGAGUCAGUCAGAAAUGAGGUGCAUCGUGAUUGUUGUGGCAAAACUGAGGGUUCUCUCAGGUGAAGCAGAGGUCUUCUGUGAGGAUAAUAGUAUCAGCAUCGCAGUAAGCAAAGCCUCCAUGAAGGGGAUUGAUCAAAACUGGCUCCAACUGAGAGAUCCCACCUACUCUCUUACUUACAAUGACACCCAUAUCCUGGGCACUGUGUCCCUCAACACCUGUGGUACCAGGAUGGAGGACACAGGAGACGUCUUGGUCUUCAAAAAUGAGAUCAAUUCUUUUGAGGACCCUAAUAAAGUAAUCACCAGACGCAGUCAAGUUAAAAUAGGCUUCUCCUGCCAGUACCCCAAAGUGGCCAGUGUUUCUAACCACUACAUCAACAAGAAGUCUGACUACAUCUUCACUGAAUCCAGCUUUGGCACUUUUAGUUACUCGUUUGAUAUUUUUACUAACAAUAACUUCAGCAGUCGGGUAGAUCCCAGUCUGUAUCCACUGGAGAUAAAAUUGAUGGAUAUGCUCUACAUGGGUAUUGCAGCUCAUUCUGCUCUCCCUGAGGUCCGGCUCUUUGUGGAGUAUUGCAGAGCCACUCCAGAUGACAACCCAUACAGUGCCCUAUUUUAUGACAUCAUUAAAGAAGGGUGA